UGAUCUAGAGCUUAGUGCAGCUAUAACAGUUCCGUGUGUGCGCCACCAACUGGUAAACACGAAGCUAUUCCAAAUGGUACUUACUCAGAGAAGUGUGUUAGACCGCUACACUCCGUCCUCUGCUGUUACUGAUAAGAUACUGGAGCUGUUUUGCGAGACACUACACCUUAAUAUGAACGUGGAAGGGGACAAGAACGCUCAACUAGGCAUAGAUCACCCGGACGGGUACGUUAUGAAGCCCCAGCGAGAAGGAGGAGGACACAACAUCUGGGAGGAGGAGAUGAGAGAGAAGUUGCUAUCUUUAUCAGGGGAUCCUGCACGAGCUCAGUACAUUCUUAUGAAGAGGAUAACAGCCCCGAGGAGGAAGAAUAAAAUAGUGAGAAGGGGGGUGAUGUCAGAAAGGUUCAAUACUGUGUCCGAGUUUGGAUGUUUCUCGGUUUACUGUACUGAUGGGGCAGGAAUUGUAAAACAAAAUAAAACUGUUGGACCCCUCAUCAGGACGAAGGUAGCCGGAGAAAACGAGGGUGGUGUUGGUGUAGGGAUUGCUGCCAUAGAUUCCCCUUACUUUGUGUAGAUUUACCUUGAAUCUUGAUGUUGAUUAUGCAUGGGGCUUUGACCAAUGACCAUAAUAAUAAACUGAUAAAAGCAUUAUCUUAUUAAAUUCAUUUAUCAUUU